AUGGGCAGCUUUUUCCUUAUUGUUUGGGUAGAUAGCUGUGGGAAGCAAAACAUCAUUACCAUCACGUGUUGCAUUCAUAUUGUAGAGUGGGAUAUAGAUGAUAUGACUUGGGACGUAUAUCCCGACUUCCGUUUCUGCUUGCAUAGUUGGAGAAGCGGAAGGGCUUCGCCAGGAAAGGGAGGGGGUGAUUCAGCGUUUACUGAAGAGUCCAAUUAUUGGAUUACGAGCCGAUUGAUUAAUUACUAGCCAAUGUUUACGUCAAUAAAACUCUCAAAUUAACCGGAUGAGUUUUUGAAAGGGAGUUUCUAAGGGCGGCCACACGAUCGCAUCUAAGGACGGAGGAGAGGGAGUAGGGCCAAGGGACACAAUGGCUCUGCCCUUCAGGGGUUGUUCGCAGCCCUUAUUUGACGGCUGCCCUUGUUCAGAGACUUGUACAGAAGGACUGUCAGAACUAUUCCGGACUUCGGAGGGUGAACAUGCUCUCUAUGAUCGCUGUCUAGUUAUCAGUGUGCUCGUUAUCAACCUACAACUUCGUGAUAUCUUAGUUCAUUAAAGGACUCUUUUACCAGUUUCUUUCACAUAUUCAGAGUUUUAUACCCUCAUAUCUUCACCUUUCAACAUUUUGUGAAUCCUCUGAGAGUUAUUUGAUCUCCAGCCUUCAUUUGUAGAUAAGUCUUCAGUGUUAUCUUGUGUAUAUCAUAAGUUUAUGAGACGUUUCAGGAUAAUUGAAUUAUCAGAUUCAAGCCAUCAGAUAUAAAGUUCCAAGUUCCAAGAUUCGAGGUCAAGUUUCAAGAUCAAACCUAUAUAAACAUUGUGUACAAUCAUGCAUAGAUUCCACAUUGUAACUGGGAUUUUAGUGCUUCAUUGAACUGUUCACCUGGAACUUUUGAACUUUUUGUUCAAUUUCGACAGAAACUAUCUACUGUUGGAGAAAACUGGGUUUUGUGUUUGAAGAUUUGUGACAAAGUUGACCUCGAUGUUGGAGAUGUCACGCUCGUUCCUUGUUGACUCGCUGAUCCGUCCGGACUCGGACAUGAAGAGAACAUCCCUGCCGAGCAGUCCAGCGGCCGCUUCCACAUUCCCUUACCCUGCCGGACUAGGCGGAUACCUGUUCUCGUUCGGACUACCGCAUGCUUACCUCGGCAAACCGACGGCGCUACCUGUCAGCUACCCGUCAGCCUACCCACGAUGCUACCCGAUGUACGGUGAGAUGCCGGAGGCGAAAGUGUCGAAGGUGGUGCGACCUACGCCACUGUCCAGUGCGGGGCAAAGGAAGCUCCAGCAUCAGCACCAGUCACAGCUUCCUCCUCAGCAGCCGAAAGUGAAGCCUCCACCUUUCACAAUCACCACCUCGCCUCUGGACACUUUGUCCAACGCUUCUGAGAGUCCAAAGCGCAAAUCACCUGAACCAAUCUCACCCGGCUCAGCCAGCGACAGCGGAACCAUAGAGAACAGCUCGAAGCGAAUCCGCACAGCGUUCACCAGCACCCAACUGCUCGAGCUGGAGCGCGAGUUCGCCUCCAACAUGUACCUGUCACGACUGCGACGCAUCGAGAUCGCCACCUGUCUCUGUCUCUCCGAGAAGCAGGUCAAGAUCUGGUUCCAGAACCGUCGCGUCAAGUACAAAAAGGAGGAAGGCGGAGAGGCGCCCGGACCCCGUUGCUGCUGUCUCAGGUCCUGCGGGAAUCAGAAGAAAUCCCAGGACUCCACCGGGAUGUCAUCUCCGUCAGGAUGUCAUCUGUCAACAGACUCUCCAUCCUCACCUCACGACCGGCGAGAGAGUGAAGAUAUCUGCAGGUCUAGUCCUAGCUCUGAUGUGUCAGAGUGUCACACGCCGUCUCACAUGAGCCGGUCCAUGGAGCAUACAGCUGGACUGCACAGAUAAUACUUUUUUAAAUGCUAUUCCAAGAAUCUGUGAAAGUAGAAUAUAUUGUAUAGGAAGUGCUUAAGUAUAAACACAAAGAACAACUUAAAUGUAUACUUUUUAUUUUGUGGUACAGAUCAUAAGGCUGAAGUGAUAGGUCGUUUUGGGAUGUAAUGUUAAUAAUUAAUGAAACUGUAUAGAAAGUUUAUUAUACUCGAACAUUAUGCAUGUAUUGGUACUCACCAUGUUACAUAGAAGAAAGAUAGAGGAAAGAUAGCUCAAAUGAUAUAUUAUAUUCUCCAUAAUAGAAGUUGGGGCACAGCAAUCUGUAGUUUGCAGCUCUAGUAUAUUUUAGUAUAUUUUUAUAUGAAGAACCCUUUUUGAAAUGGAGUUAUUUUUUAAGCUGAAACAAUAAUAUUGAUGGAGAAAUAUAUAUAAGCUAUUAAUGAUCUUUGGAUUCUAGUGUUUGUAGUUUUCAUGUCAUUGCUGAUAGAUUGAAACAUCAACUAUCCCAUUGUAAUAUCCACUGAACCAUAUAGGUAAAAAAAUCUAUUCAUGCUCUUUUGGUUUGAAAUGUUUUAGUGAAAAUGUAAUACCUAGUACCUAUCGAAUAGGUUUGAGUAUAGGGAAUAUAAAAUUGUUAUUUGAGAUAGCCUUCUUCAUUCUCACAAAAACUUGAAUUGCUUGAAACCAGUGUGUAUAGUGAAUUCUAUUCUGUUCACAGAGAUUUUUUUGAGGAAUUUCUAAUUUAGAAUUCUGAAUGUAUCAAAAUUAUUUGUGAUUAAAACUCUGUAGUUGAAGCCACUACAAUUUUGUGAUAUUUAGUGUUUAAGUCUGUCUUUUCAUAUUGAGUGAUAAUAAUAACAAUAAUAAUUGUAGCAACAUUGUGCCUCAAUAGAAACUUUGUGCUCAUAUUCAGAAUAAAGGCUCUAGAAACGCUUGACUGCUCAAAAAUAUUGUGUAACAUCUAGAAAUUGUGAAAAAUGAUUACGCAUUAACUGACGAUAUAUUUUCAUUACAUUCAAUAUUCUUAUUAUCAAUAUUCAUUCUCUAUUGGUACAGUAUGGCAUCGCUUAGACAGUAUAAACAAUAGGCACCAAUUUCUGAUCAUAGAUUUAGCCUUUUAUAGCUUCAGAAUGUAUUGAGGUUUGAGUGACACAUAUAAUAUGUUGAUUUUCUCGGUUUCGAUCACUUCCAAAAGAGGAUUCUAUUUAUCACAUUUGAAUUUUCGUCGUAAUAAGCUAUUCCUUGUAAACCAUGUUUUAUUAGAGAGAGUGAGCACUGUUAGAGUACAAAUACGAAGAACUAUUAAUAAAUUGGUUUCCACCCGUAUAAUGAGAUCCGUAUAAAACUAAAUUUAAUUAUGAAUUGUAAAAUUGUAUACCUGUGUCUAUAGUCUAUAGUAUUAUUUAAUUCAUGUACUGUAUUAUAUUUAGAAUUUUGUGAAUUGUGUAUUAUUAUUUUUCUAAUUUCAUAUCUGUAAAUUUGUAAGUCUCUUUGUAAAGUAAGUCUUUCCAGCUACGAGAUAUCUUUCCAAUUUUCAGAAUUUAGUCGCUCAAAUUCCUACUGAUUUCAAGAAUAGGCUGUAAUAAUUAUAGAUGAUUUUAUAUUUUGUGCAUCAUUUUUGUAAAUAAAAAUA